AUGUUGGGGGCGAAAAAAAAAUAUUACUGUUCUGUACUGCCCUCCUCCGGUCUAGACAGAUCAAUUGAGUCUGCGCUUCAGGGGAAAAAAAUGAGUGAAUCACUGGUUGUGUGUGACGUUGAUGAAGACCUAGUGAAAAAGCUACGGGAAUUCCGCUUCCGGAAGGAGACUAACAAUGCUGCUAUCAUCAUGAAGAUUGACAAGGACAAGCAGCUUGUCAUCCUUGAUGAAGAACAUGAGGAUAUUUCUCCUGAUGAUCUGAAGGAUGAGCUGCCUGAAAGACAGCCCAGAUUUGUGGUGUACAGCUACAAGUACGAACAUGACGACGGGAGAGUCUCUUACCCUCUCUGUUUCAUCUUCUCCAGUCCAGUGGGAUGUAAACCCGAGCAACAGAUGAUGUACGCCGGAAGCAAAAACAAACUGGUGCAAACUGUCCAGUUGACCAAGGUGUUUGAGAUCAGAAACACGGAGGACCUGACAGAGGAAUGGCUGAGAGAGAAGCUGGGCUUCUUCGGUUAAGACCGGGCCCUUUUGGUGAUCUAAUGGGACUGAAGGGUUUAGAGGAGGAACGAGACACUUGGAAAGAAAACUACACCAUUCCUUGCGUUUCCCUUUCUCCUGUUUCCUUUCCUCCUCCGAUGUACCUAUUCCCAUACAACACCCCCCCCUCAACAUGUGCCAGUUUCCUGUGUCCUUAAUGAAAUUAACACUACCACUCCUGCUGAGAUGGACAGAGCUUUUCUUGUCCUACACAAGCAAAAUUCAAGGGAAAUUGGAAGGAAUUGUCACGGUGGCAAUUUAAUUUGAGUUUUGCUCGUUUAGUAAUAAUUACAUAAUUAUGACCUGAUAGAUUAGAUUCUAACCACGUUUUAUUUUACUGGAACCAAAAGGAUAGUUCUGAUAGUAAGAGGUGAUCUGUGAUUUGGGGAGCUGUUUAAUGUUUUUUAUUAAGUCAUAAAUAUAUGACUUGUGGGAGGACGCUGUGUUGUGAAGAUACAAUACUGUUUUGAUUCUUCUUUAUACAUUUUCAAGAUGGAGGUGCCUCCAGGCUUGAAGCACUUUUGACCUUAAAUCACACAAUCAUACAUUGAAUUUGGAUGUAAAAUGAAUUUCUAUCUUUGACUAUGUUGUGUGUACUUUCUCCCUCUGCUUGGAAAGGUAGAUCAGUAUAAAGAAAUACAUUCAUUUCUUACAACAUUCACUCACUGAUUGAAGUUUAUAUGACACCAUAUGAUAACAAAGAAUAUUAAUCCAAAUUACAAGACAUCUUAAAAUACAAUUCACCAUCUUGUUUUCUGAAUCUAUAUAUUCUUAUUGCAGUUGAUCCCCUGGGAAAAGGAAUCAUUGAUGCUCUUGGUCGAUAAGUAACAUUUUAAGAGCCUGCAGCUAACGUCCCUGACUGAGAGUGUUUCUGAGUGACACAAAGGACAGUUGGUUAUCUCUGUUCAUCUUUGUUUUAGAGUAGAAUCAUUGUGAUUCUCAGUGAGACUUCGCAGUGAGGUCAUGGUCCACUAUUCCCUACAUAGUGCACUACUUUUGGUCAUGCGCUAUAUAUGGAAUAGGGUGCCAUUUGGGACCGAGUAUUACCAUUGAACUGUGUCCUUCAAAGUGGAGCACCUGUUUCGCCUACAAAGAUUUUCAUUGAUACGUUCAUGAAAGAAACCUCGUGUUUUGAUUUAUACCCUGAUGAAGACAGCUUGUCUGUCGAAACGUUGGACAUAAAACAUUUUUUUUGCAUCUAAGCUGGCUCUCCUUUAUUAUCUUAUUUAUAGUGUUCCACUCCGCGAGCCAGCACCUCGCCUAAAUAGGUGUGCGUUACUUUCGCGGCGAGAACAUUCUUGAAAGAAACCUCGUGUUUGAUUCAGGACCAGUUUGUCAGACGUAGAUUAAUCAUCCUAGGCCUGAACUAGAAAGCGAUUUUUCAAUAGCGACUCAUUUAAUGUGUGUCUGGGGAAACCGACCCUAGAAACAUCAGUCUGUGUGCCAACCUUGGACAGAUGUGAAAACACUGGGAGAUUAGAGAAUAAUCUUUUUGCCUUUUUAAAACUUUUAUUUUAGCAGGCAUU